GACCUCGGGGGAGGUAGAAGGUGCACUGGCAGUUUGCAGAUCGAAGGACCUCAGGUAUACCUGAACCUAAAAUUACGGGUACUCAAAAUUUUUGGUAGUGAUUUUUUGGAGCUAAAAUCGGAUAGCAUUUUCUAUUAUCCGAAUUACCUGACCUUGAAGAAUUCGGUUAACCCGAAUGCCCAUGUGUCCAUGGUGGCAAGAAUAAUAGUGCGAGUGCCAAAUUCCAAUCCCAAAUCAAUUGAACGGUUCAGAAAGGAGGCGACAACUCGUGAUUAACUGCUUCUUGUUUCACGUUCCACAACACUUGGCGCCGAAAAUUUCUUGGCGCCGUUCACCAGCCGCCCGCUGGUUACGUCGCGUGAGCUCGCCCACCGAUUAACCAAGCGCAAACAGCCACGUUCCCCGGCGACGAGGACCCAACCAUCAUCCCCAUCGCACGCAGCCACACCGCGCCGGCGCACCAGUCCGCGAGCUGAGGACUCAGCCAACGAACCCAGGCCUCGCGAAUGCGGCGCGCCGAGGUGGCCGUGGUGGGCGCGGGCGCGGCGGGGCUGGUGGCGGCGCGCGAGCUGCUCCGCGAGGGCCACGGCGUGGCCGUCUUCGAGAAGUCCGGCCGCGCGGGGGGCACCUGGGCGUACGACCCGCGCGCGGACGCCGACCCGCUGAGCCGCGACCCGGGCGCGCCCGGCGCCGUCCACGGCAGCCUCUACGCGUCGCUGCGCACCAACCUGCCGCGCGAGCUCAUGGGCUUCUCGGGCUUCCCCCUGGCCGGCCGCGUCUUCGCGGGCGACGCGCGCGCGUUCCCGGGCCACCGGGAGGUGCUCGCCUUCCUCGACGCCUUCGCCGAGGAGUCAGACGUCGCCGCGCGCGUCAUGCUCCGAGCGGAGGUGCUGCGGGUGCGGCCGCUCGGCGAGGGGCAGGGGGAGCGGUGGGCGGUGGCGUGGCGCGGGGAGGACGGAGAGGUCGCGGAGGAGGUGUUCGACGCCGUCGUCGUCUGCAGCGGCCACUGCACGGUGCCUCUGGUGCCCCAGAUCCGAGGAAUCGACAAGUGGCUGGGGAAGCAAAUGCACAGCCACAACUAUCGCGUUCCAGAACCAUUUCGCGAUCAGAGUGUUGUUGUUGUAGGACUGGGAGCCAGCGGAAUCGACAUCGCUAGAGAGAUCUCACAUGUGGCCAAGGAAGUCCACAUCGCGGCUAGGUACUCGGAGGACAGGCUUGGAAAGAUUGAACUCUACCAGAACGUCUGGAUGCACGCAGAGAUAGAUUGCAUCCAAGACGAUGGCCGAGUGCGAUUUGCUGAAGGUUCAGCAGUGGCUGCAGACACCAUUCUUUACUGCACAGGAUAUCGCUACCAUUUCCCGUUCCUGGACCUGGAUGGGCUCGCCGUCGACGACAACCGCGUCGGGCCGCUGUACGGGCACGUCUUCCCGCCCAAGCGAGAACACAUCAUUGCUCUUGCUCGGACAGCAGCACAAUCCUCUGGUUAUAAUGAACCAAGGCUUGGCGUGCUCUCGCAGACCCUCAUCUUCCAGGCGCUGGAGCUGGAAUCCAAGUGGGUCGCCGCCGCCCUGUCGGGGCGCGCCGCGCUGCCGGGCGAGGAGGGCAUGAUGGCCGCCGUGCGGGAGGGCUACCGGCGGAUGGAGGCGGCCGGCAGGCCCAAGCGCCACACGCACGCGCUGUGGCCUGAAUGGGUGGAGUACAUGAACUGGCUGGCGGACCAGGUGGGCGAGCCGCACCUGGAGGCGCGGCGGAAGGAGGUGUACGAGAGGGCGCUCAGGUGCAUCUGGUCACUGGACGACAGGUACAGAGACCGAUGGGAGGAGGAAGAGGAGCAGAAUGGCGGCGACUGUGGCACCGUAGAGGUCGAUACGCCGAAGCAUCACGGUAUCGUAGUGAUUCCUCCUCUAGUUGACGAGUGAUGAGCAGUAAUCUACCGGGAAACAAUUUCUCGUUUGAAAUAUUUCCAAGAAAAGUAACUGUCGCUACACUGGAACGGAUCUAUCAUCCAUACUAGAAAAGCCCGUGGCUUUGCCGCGUGGGACCUAUAUAAUAAUUAUGGUAUCUAAGUAAAUGUAUUUUUUUAGAAAAAAACAACGGUGGUAAGACAAAUUUGUUGCUUCGUUAUUUUUGCAUGGUGUCAUAGUCGGCAACUUGUUGUAACUCUUGGUAUAUAUUUUGGGCUUUCUGGUGUCCUAA